AUGGCUGGAAGUUGGGAUGGGAGCCAAUCAGAUAACAGCUCAAAUUUCGAGCCAGGGAUCGAUAACAUAUACGAAGCGUUUCUCUGUCCAUUGACGAAGCAAGUCAUGCAAAAUCCAGUGACUUUGGAGAGUGGUCAGACUUUUGAGCGUGAGGCAAUCGAGAAAUGGUUCAACGAGUGUCGCCAAAACGGCCGUCCUCUGUCUUGCCCCAUCACUUCAAAGCAGCUGAGUGUCACUGACUUAAGCCCGAGCAUAGCCUUACGCGCUACAAUCGAAGAGUGGAGAGCUAGAAACGAUUGCUUGAAGCUUGACAUUGCUCGUCAGUCUCUCUACUUGGGGAACUCCGAGAGCAACAUCUUGCAGGCUUUGAAGAACGUGAGAGAGAUUUGCAGGAACAUUCGUUUGAUCAAACACCGUUCUCAUAAUCCUCAGCUUGUUAGGUUGAUUAGUGACAUGUUGAAGAGUGGUAGUCAUGAUGUGAGGUAUAAGGCGUUGCAGACUCUUCAAGUUGUAGUUGAGGGAGAUGAACAAAGCAAGGUGAUUGUAGCUGAAGGAGACACUGUGCGUACUGUUGUUAAGUUUUUAUCAAAGGAGCCACCAAAGGGGAGAGAAGCAGCUGUUUCUUUGUUGUUUGAGCUGUCGAAAUCAGAAGCUUUGUGUGAGAAGAUUGGAUCUGUUCGUGGAGCUAUUAUAUUACUGGUUGGUUUGACAAGUAGUAAGUCGGAGAAUGUUUCAACUGUUGAGAAAGCUGAUAGGACUUUGACGAACUUGGAGAGGUCUGAGGAGAAUGUUCGAGAGAUGGCUACUAAUGGUAGACUCCAGCCUCUUCUUGCUAAACUUCUUGAAGGUUCACCUGAAACAAAACUCUCAAUGGCUUCUUAUCUUGGAGUGCUUGCGUUAAACAAUGAUGUGAAAGUUGUUGUGGCUCAGACUGUUGGUUCUUCUCUCAUCGAGCUUAUGAGAAGUCGUGACAUGAGGCUACGUGAAGCUGCUUUGGGAGCUCUCAACAAUAUCUCAUCGUUUGAAGGGAGUGCUAAAGUCUUGAUCGGCUCAGGGAUUCUUCCACCGCUGAUGAAGGACUUGUUCUACGUUGGACCAAACCAGCUUCCGAUUCGGCUUAAAGAAGUCUCCGCCACGAUUCUUGCAAACAUAGUGAACAUUGGCUACGACUUUGACAAGGUCCCUGUUGGAGCUCAUCACCAGACGCUUGUCUCAGAGGACGUAGUGGAGAAUCUGCUCCAGCUGAUAAGCAACACUGGUCCAGAGAUCCAGGGGAAGCUUUUGGUGGUUCUUGUUGGACUCACUAGCUGCUCAAACUCGGUUAUAAACGUUGUCUCUGCGAUUAGAAACUCUGGUGCAAUCAUUAGCUUGGUUCAGUUCGUUGAGGUUCAUGAGAAUGAGGAUUUGCGUUUAGCUUCUGUCAAGCUCCUUCAUAACAUUUCCCCUCAUAUGAGCAAAGAGCUGGCUAAUUCGCUGCGUGGUAGUGUUGGACAGCUCGGGAACCUUGUUGCAAUCAUAUCGGAGAACACACCAACGAUCACAGAGGAGCAAGCUGCAGCUGCUGGACUUUUAGCUGAGCUUCCUGAGAGAGAUUGGGGUCUGACACAGAGACUGUUAAGCGAAGGUGCUUUUGAGAAAAUCAUCUCCAAGAUCGUUGGUAUUCGCCAAGGUGAAAUCAGAGGGAUACGGUUCGAGAGAACGUUUCUCGAAGGACUUGUUAGUAUCCUCACUCGGAUCACGUUCGCACUCACUAAAGAAACUCAAGCCGUUUCCUUCUGCCGUGAGAACAAUCUCGCUUCGCUUUUCCUUGAUCUCCUUCAGUCCAACAAUCAAGAAAACAUACAGAUAGCUUCUGCGGUAGCUUUGGAGAAUCUUUCACUUGAAUCCAAGAAUUUGACAAAGAUACCGGAACUUCCUCCUCCGAGCUACUGUGUGUCUAUCUUUUCAUGUCUGAGCAAACCUCCCGUUGUUCUUGGGACAUGCAAGAUCCAUGGAGGGAUGUGUUCGUUGAGAGAAAGCUUUUGUCUUGUUGAAGGACAAGCAGUGGAUAAGUUGGUUGAUCUCUUGGGCCAUGAGAAUGAGAAGGUGGUUGGACCAGCACUCGCGGCUCUGUCUACGUUGUUGGAAGAUGGUUUAGAAGUAGAGAAAGGAGUGAUAUUGAUCGAUGAAGCAGAUGGGAUCACGCCUAUACUAAACGUUCUGUUGGAGAAUCGAACAGAGACUCUAAGGGUUAGAGCUGUGUGGAUGGUGGAGAGGAUCUUACGUAUUGAAGAGAUAGCUAGAGAAGUGGGAGAAGAGCAGAACGUUACAGCCGCACUUGUGGACGCUUUCCAAAACGCAGAUUUCAGGACGCGGCAGAUCGCUGAGAACGCGUUGAAGCAUAUUGAUAAGAUUCCCAACUUCUCUGGUAUAUUCUCAAACAUUGGUUAA